CAGCUGAGCAGCAGCAUUGUAGUGGCAAUCCUGGGAAUUUCUUGGCCCUAUUGAAACUGCUUUCAAAUCACGAUGAAAAGCUGAAGCAGCAUUUGGAGAAACCAAAGCUAAAAAAUGCCACAUAUCUAUCACCUCAAAGCCAAAAUGAAAUGAUUGAUGUAAUAGGGAAGCACAUGAUUCAGGCCAAGAUCGUGGAAGAGGUCAGGCAUGCUCAGAUGUACACAGUCCUAGCUGAUGAGGUCACAUCCCAUAAUGAAGAGCUGAUGCCAAUGUGUGUUCGCUUCGUGGACAAAGACUUAAAUAUCAGAGAGGAGUUGCUUGAGAUUUGUACUUUGCCACGGAUCACAGGUCGCCACAUUGCAAGCGCGAUCAAAGAUGUGCUGAGUCAUCUAAGCAUAGAGAUUGCUGACUGUCGAGGCCAGGGGUACGAUGGCGCCAGCAAUAUGAGCAGCGAAAAUGUUGGCGUUCAAGCUUUGAUAAAAAAGGAUGCGCCUAAGGCAGUUUAUAUGCACUGCAAUGGGCAUUGCUUGAACCUUGUCAUUGCACGCUCUUGUGCUCUUCCAGUUGUGCGCAACAUGAUUGAUAAGAUGAAGUACAUCGUCAUGUUCUUCACCUGCAGCCCGAAGAGGGAACACCUUCUCAAGGAGGUUGUAGAUAAGGAGGCACAUUCUACCGGAAAGCGGAAGCCCCUGAUUGACCUCAGCCGCACAAGAUGGGCAGCACGGCAUGAUGCCUACAGUCACUUCUACAGUGCCUUUGUCGCAUCAAGGCUCAUGGGCCUAAUUCCAUCUGUCCAGUGCAACUCAGAUGUAACGGUGGACAUCUCUGAAGCAGUCGCUCUGUACCAAGAUGACUUGCCAUCACCAGAGGUCAUUGACCAGGAGCUGAAACGGUGGAAGUUGAAGUGGCAGGUCAAAGCAUUACACCAAAGACCAAGCUCAUGUGCCUCAGCUAUCAAAGAGUGUGAUGAGAUGAUGUAUCCGAACAUCUUCAAACUCCUGAAAAUUGCAUGCACCUUGCCAGUGACCUCCUGCGAAUGUGAGAGGUCUGCCAGUGUUCUCCGGAGACUCAACACAUUCAUGCGGAGCAGCAUGGGAGAGGACCGCAUGUCAUCCUUGGCUCUCAUCCAUACCCACUACGACAUGGCUCUGGAUCUGGAUGAAGCUGUCGAUCUAUACUCAAAAAUGCACCCAAGACGAUUGGAGCUGAUGAGCGUUCUGAUGCAAUAGAAGCCAUAGAAGAAGAAGAGGGAGACAUGGGGGUGGAGAGAUAGACAAUAAAGGACAGCAACAACAGACAGACAGAACAACAACAGAGACAGACAAUGGAGGGCAGCAACAGACAGGCAAUGGAAGAAAGCAACAGACAACUGAGGUGAGCAACAGAGACAGACAAUCACAGAUGUAGGAAGUUUGAGUAACACUUACAUUUAUAUCAAAUUCUUCAUUCUUGUUAAAGUUUUAAUGACUAUAGAGAUAGCUCAAUUGAAGCAAUUCAUGUCCAUUUAUGUUAACAGUGGGGAGCAACAGACAAAAAAUGAAGGACAGCAACAACAGACUCACAACAAACUUGACGAUGAAUAAAAUAUGUCUAAAUUAAAAGAUUUGAAGUGUGCUGGUGUAUUUAGGGGGCAUUGGAGUAGGGAGCCAAAUGAAGUCCACUUUCGGGGGGAAAAGAUCCCCCCCCACCACAAUGCUGGCU